AUGGGUCCAAAAAGCCGUUCCAAACGGCCAAGCCUUCUAUCGAAAGGCCGACCACCAACCGUCAAGCCCAAACAAGCAGCACUUUCAGCCAAAGCAACCCGCAACCUCAUCCGCUCCCACCACCAACUCUUGAAAGCUCGCGUCCAAGCCGAAAAGGCCGGCGACACCGCAAGAGUCAGUAGUAUUGAUGCCCAAAUCCAAGCCAAUGGCGGUCUUGACAGUUAUCAGAUCGCCAGCAAGCUCGGGCAAUCCCUGGACCGAGGCGGCGAUUCCAGCAAGAUCCUCAUUGACUGGAUCAAGCCUGAGUUAGCACAGUGGAAGCCGGAUUUGCCCAAAUUGCGGGUUUUGGAAGUCGGCGCGCUAAGCACGAAGAAUGCUUGUUCGAGGACGCCGGCACUAGAUGUUACUCGGAUUGAUUUGAAUUCGCAGGAACCGGGGAUUCUGAAGCAGGAUUUCAUGGAACGUCCGUUGCCUGCGUCGGAUGCUGAGCGGUUUCAUAUUCUGAGUCUUUCUCUGGUCUUGAAUUAUGUGCCCGAUGCGGAGGGUCGAGGUGACAUGCUGAAGCGUUGUCGCGAGUUUUUGACAGCCCAAUCUCCAAUCACUUUUGUGCCGACGCUGUUCUUUGUCCUUCCUGUUGCAUGUGUGGAUAAUUCACGCUACGUGACCGAGGAUCGUCUACUCGACAUUUUGUCCAGUCUGGGUUUUCAAUUGAUGCAAAGCAAGCGCAGCAACAAGUUGAUCUAUCAACUAUGGCAUUACACAGGCCAAUCUGCCACGCGCAGUUUCAAAAAGGAAAUGCUCAAUCCCGGCGCUAAGAGAAACAACUUUGCCAUCAUUCUGCGUCAGGGGUGA